CAGGGAUCCCAGCUCCUGUAGACAGGGCUUCGUGAUAGUGAUGAAAGGGUAUCGUUUGUGGCCCACCAGGUCUUAUUGCCAGCAUUUGACUUAUAAUAUAUUUACUUCUAUGUAUUUCAGGGAUCCCAGCUUCUAUGGACAGGGCUGCAUGAUAGUGAUGAAAAGGUGUCAUUUGUGGCCCACCAGGUCUUACUACCAGCAUUUGCUAUGUGGGCUGAUGAACUGGGGAAAUUGCAGUCUGAUAUGCUGAAUGCCUUAUUAGAUAAGAUAGAAGAUCUUGUUCAGGGAGCUGUGAGUUCAAGGUCAAGUUCCUCAGUUCUCCCAUUAGAUGAGACAAAAUUCAACCAGCAUAUCUCCAUCUUUGAAGAGCUUGUGCCAUUCCUUUUCUCAUCCAUCUUGCUGACAGGCCCAUAUAUAGACAAAAUAGAAACCGUGCGUGAUGUCACUGAAGUUGAAAUUGCAAGGUUUCCAAAACCGUCAUCUCAGCUGACUGAUCUAUCGACCAUUGUUGGUUCUCGAGCGACACUUGCCCGCUAUAUCUACCUCUAUGAGGCAUACAUCGCUGAGGAGUGGUUUGCACCCUGGGAUGGGUUCUCAUGGGCCACUGACGACAUGAUUCCUCGAUUGCUAAAGGUGCUUAGAAUGUUAGACAUGUCACUGCCGAGAGUAACACAUGUCUUGGCUUUACUCUUCAACAAUAUGUGUAGGACAUUUGGAAAGACAUUUGUCCACACAAAGGUGCAUCCGAUAUUCAAAGAGGUACUUACCAUUCCAGAAGAAGUUAUGG